CCGCCUCUCUGCAGUCCGGGGAAGGGAUAACACGUACCGAAUCACACAGACAACCGCGCCUCUCCACCAGCCUGAGCGUUUGUAGGGAGCUAGAAGGAGAAGAUGAUGUAGACGCACUCGCAAUUAGCCGAAGAGCACCAUAAACGAGUGCCGCCACCAUGUUGACGAGAUUAUUCAACGAACCUUCACUGCUUCCGGACAUGCAAAAGUUCGCGGGCUGGGUUGAUGACAGCGGGAGUGAGGACUCCAAAACCAAGGACGAAGAGCAGGAGCACUGUCGCCUAGGCGACGAGGACUUGGAAGAGGGCGAUGGAAAAGGCGGGAGCAGCCGGGCUCAGUCGGAGAUUGCAGGGGAGGAGGAUGACGAUGAGGACGUUGAUGAAGAUGACUGUGGGGAUGAGGGGGACGGAGACAGGCCUAAAAAACGCGGGCCAAAAAAACGCAAGAUGACACCGGCUAGGGUAGAGCGCUCGAAAGUAAGGCGCCAAAAGGCGAACGCUAGAGAGCGCACGCGCAUGCACGAUCUGAAUUCAGCACUGGACAAUCUGCGCAAAGUCGUGCCGUGCUAUUCUAAAACUCAAAAACUCUCCAAAAUUGAAACACUAAGGCUGGCGAAAAACUACAUUUGGGCGCUCUCAGAAAUCCUGCGGAACGGGAAGAGACCGGACGUGGUUUCUUAUGUACAGACACUGUGCAAAGGCCUUUCCCAACCCACCACCAAUCUGGUGGCUGGCUGCCUCCAACUUAACUCACGGAAUUUUCUAACGGAACAAUGUCAAGAGGGAGCGCGCUUUCACGUGCCAAACCCCUCGUUCUCCAUGCACGCAUAUCCAUAUCAGUGCUCCCGUCUAUCAAGCGCACAAUGUCAAUCUGGAUCCAAUACACAUAGCAUUCGCAAUCACUCUUUCUGUUCGGCCUAUGAGACUGUGUACACCGGGGGCGCGUCCCCAGAAUACAACAGUCCAGAUUAUGAGGGCCACCACAGCCCUCCGGUGUGUAUAAAUGGCAACUUUUCUUUGAGACAACAGGAAUCCGUUUCACCAGACACGGAAAGAGGUUAUCAUUAUUCUAUGCAUUACACCGGUCUGCACGGCUCCCGUCCCUCCGCUGCUCAUGGCCUUGCCUAUGGCCCAUCGGGAGCGCGCAGCGGUAGCACGCACUCGGAGAACGUUCCACCGUUCCAUGAUGUUCACGUGCACCACGAUCGGGCACCUGCAUACGAGGAACUGAACGCUUUUUUCCACAAUUAGGUGUCCCCUCUGUUUUUGAUUUUCCAAAAAAAAAAAAAAAAAAAAAAAAAAAAAAAAAAUCCAUUAUGGACCUUCAUGAAAAAUGAGUGUAAUAAUAAGUUGUCGGAACAAGAAUCAGUUUGCUUUAUUAAAACAUACCAAGUGGGAGUGCAAUUUCUGAAUCAAAUGUUUGAACCAAUGAGUCACUUAUGUAACAAGAAAAAUGAACCAAAUUGCUUAACGAAGACUGUUUCCUGAUUAAAUAAAUAAAGAACCAUAUUGUUCCAGAACCAUCUGAGGCUAUGAUUUCCUAUUGGGAAUUGGUGAGACAGGAAUUUUAAGAGUAGUUCAGCCAACUAAAAAAAAAAAAAAAAAAAAAACAAAA